AUGGCAGACGUGGAGGCUAUGUACCAUCAAAUCCAUGUAGCGCCAGAACAUCGAGAUGCGUUAAGAUUCCUCUGGUGGGAGAAUGGGGACCUGAGUAGAGAGCCAGUAACUUACAGGAUGAAGGUGCACAUCUUUGGUGGGGUGUGGAGCCCUUCAUGUGCAACUUACGCUCUCCGGCGCACAUUUCAAGACCACAGAUCCGAGUUUCCCGACAUGGUGGCGCAAGCGGAAGUCAACUUCUACGUUGACGACCUGCUCAUGUCGCUGGACUCGACAAAUGAAGCAUCAAUGUUAGCGUGUCAGCUUCGAAGACUGUUGGCGUGUGGAGGAUUUCGCUUAACUAAGUGGGCCAGUAAUCACAAAGGAGUGUUGGCUACCAUCCCACCGGAGGAGAGGCAAAAUGCACUGAAGGAAAUUGAUCUGAGGCAAGACAAAUUGCCAAUGGAGCGAGCCCUGGGGGUUAGGUGGCUCCUGGAAGGUGAUCAGCUCGCCAUCAAGUGUGAAUGCAGGCGUAGAUUAGGGUGGGAUGAACCUUUGUCGGCUGUUAAUCACACGACCUGGAGCACCUGGCUAGGAGAACUGGCCCACCUAGGGAAAUUAAGUGUACCCAGAUGCCUAAAAACAACAUGUGCUAAAGAAAUCAUCUCAGCACAGCUGCACACCUUCUGCGAUGCAUCGCAGGCUGCUUAUGGUGCGGUGACCUAUCUGAGAAUGGUAGACUCGGGCGGAAGUAUCCAGUGCUCUUUCGUGUACGGACUGGCCAAGCUGGCCCCACUCAAGCAACUGACAAUACCAAGGCUGGAACGUUGUGCAGCUGUCCUGGCAGUGAACGCUGAUCUAACGAUUCGCCGAGAAAUGACCAUGACCAUACACGAAUCUUAA